AUGCGCAACUGGAUUCUGAUAGACGAGAACGUAUCAAGUCAACAGUCGGGUGAGAACUCUCGACCGAACACCAACGAAUCGCAGAUUGAUUCUAAGCGGUUAGAGGACCGCUACAUUGACUGGGACCCGCAGACCUGCUACAGAGUGGCCAGGCCAUAUCGAGGCGUGAAGUCACACAAUAGCGGCUCCGGCGAAAUGAGUUCGAGUACGUUUAAUUUCGCACGAGGCGAACGCUCUACUCUCGAGCAAUUUAUUUUAGUACUUAAAGUGUCCGAACGACGCUUUUUGUACGGGUUUUUCUUUUUCCCGUUCCCGCUGGACACGUCUCGUCCACGCGGUGUGAACCCGGCCGUGCGGGCCCGCCAUUACGGUAGCCAAACGAGGAUUGAGGCAUUCCGACCUACCGAGAUUCUCCAAAGGAAAGUUUCCCCCAGUCCCGGUGGUUGUGUAGUCCCACAGACGAAGGCCAGUUGGAGACCCGUGACGCUUCCUGAGGAGAGGAGACGGCAGAGUAUCGGACCAUCAGCCACCGCCCUUUCUCGCAACUAUAGAUCGGCCAUCAACGCACGUGUGCCCAUUCCGGCGAUGCAUCUGCCGAAGAGCUCGAGUGUUCCGUCGCACCAUUGAUCGGACACCCCCUGUAGCUGGCACCGUCGUUAUCAUCGCUCGAUGACGACACAGCCCUGUCGGUAUACCAGCCGCCAGCAUAAACCCUGAUCAGGUAUGUCGCAAAUCAUGGCCAUGUAACACACACAACAACACUCACACUCUCACUACACACUAAAAUGAAUCUUGAAAAAAACAUAAUACAUAAAU